GAUUUAAUUCACUAUAAUUUUCUUGAUGAUGAGUUGCAAGACAGGACCAUGUGAUCCUUCAGCUGCUUAUGUCUCUAAGCAAACCCCACUUAGGCUGCUUCUCCUCUCAUCCACACUUCAUAGAUUUUCCACGUACUAAAUCCAUCUAUAUAUAUAAAUGCAUCUCCCCACAACCUUAUCAAGUCCUCACAUUCUCUCAUAGAAAGCAAAUCCUCCUCCACAUUACUCUAAGAUCAUCUUUUUCUAGCCGAAUAACACAGAGCACACAAUGGCCAUCCUUCUUAAGGGCAUCAUGAAUGCUAAGCAAAUUCUCCGUCGAUCAAAUUUGCUUGCUAACCAAGCAACCGAAGUUCCUAAAGGCUACUUUGCGGUCUAUGUUGGAGAGAGCCAAAAGAAAAGAUUCACAGUUCCAAUUUCAUUCUUGAAUCAACCUUCAUUCCAAGAAUUGCUAAGAAAAGCCGAAGAAGAAUUCGGAUAUAAUCAUCCGAUGGGCGGUCUUACACUUCCUUGCCAAGAAGAUACCUUUAUUGACAUCAUUUCAGGCUUGAAUUUAUCAUAACACAGAGCAGGAAUUAAUUUGCUUCAAAACUUUUGUACAUCAUUUACUUUUGGUAGAGACAAAUGGGAUGGGAAAUGUCCACCCAUAAGAGAAUUUAUUAAUACAGAUCUGCAGAGUUGCUCUCA